UGGAGCGCCACUCUUGGUGACAGGUCAUUGAGUAAAACUUGGCUUUGGGUUAUACAUAUGAGAAUGUAAUAUCAAACUGAAGAAAGAGACUUUGUGAUGGAAAGAAGUGUUGGGUCUAGACUGAUAGGACUUUUCCAGCAGUUGGAUAAGAUUGGUGGAAAGGCUGCUAAGAAUCCAUCCUCUACAGAUGACCUACAACAGAUCAGAUACGUUACAUCUAAAAUCUAUCAGCUGCUUAACCAACAAGAAAAAAUUCACAGAGAUUCAGUUCUGAAGAAUGCAGCACAACUAGAUUUAAUCUUGUGUACUUUAAGGAAUUGUUCAGAUCGAGCAGUUGUUGUAAAUAUAAUACAUAUUCUCUUGGAGCUAUUGGGGAAAACUCAGGUAGGAAAGAGAUCCAGUGCCCUAGUCAGUGCUAACACAACCAAUAUUUUAUUACAAUGUAUGGUAAGAGAAACUGAAGAUAAUGUUACUAAUGAUGAUCUGUUGAUACUAGCUCAUCAAGUGCUGGCCAAAUUGUCAAAUAAAGACAGAAAAUUUUCUACCAAAGCUCGAUUACACAGAACACUGCUGAUAACUUUAUCAUUAAUAAAGAGUAAUAUUUGUCAGUUUAAAAACCUGCAAUGUUUGUUACAAGUGUUCAAGUCAUACACCAACAACAGUGUGAAUGCCUCGUAUUUGGGAAAGCACAACUCUAUCCCUCCUAUGUUCAGAGUCAUUCAACAGUGUGGAAGGAAACACACUACAGUCCUCAAAUUAGCACUAGAAAUUUUAUAUAACUUAACCAAAUCUAGAAACAAUGCUGCCAGGACUAUAGGAGGAGAACAUGUACCACAUUUGUUGGGUCUGUACCAAGACUGGCACCAGUUAGAUACUAAACACAGACAUGUUAACAUUAGAAAAGCUAUCCUGAAUAUCCUUAAAAAUAUCACUAACCUUAAAUCAGGAAGAAAAGCAUUAGCAGAUGCUAAUGGGAUACAAGUUUUAUAUGACACUGCCCAGGAUGUUAUAGAUUGUAGAGAGAUGGAGAGUUUGAUACUGCUGGCAAGUGUGAUAAUGAGGAAAUGUUGCCCUAGGAAUAAACUACCAUGUGAUAUUAGGAGUCCAGUCAAAUUUGAACUGCCAGAAUCUGAACUUUACCCUGAAAGUACCAGACAAGAAGGUAGUAUAAGCUAUGGAAGUUCCAGCGAGACCCCAGACAGUGACAGUAGUUCUUUAGAGGAUGAUGAUGAUAUUGACAGUGAUGACGAGAGAUUCAAGACAGAUAACUCUGAAGAGACUGAAGAUGAUCAAGGAGAAGCACCACAACCUUUUAAAAGAAAUCCUGAUGAUCUACGAAUGUAUGAUAAAUUCUUUCCUGAAAUAUUUGAAAUUGAGAUUAAAGAAGAUGAUGAUUCUGACCCAUCACUGAUUCCUCCAACAUCUAUUUAUAUACCAACUGGUAACUUUGACAACUUUAUGUCUUCUGAAGCUCAACAUGUUAAAAAUUCUCUGUAUCAAAAGGAGGGAACCUUCUUAUAUUCUUCACGGACCAGUGGUUAUAGUAGUUAUGAAUCUGACUAUCCUGACUCUUAUCGGCCUGGGCGGUGUGAUUCAGCUACAGCUAUAAACAUGAAAACCGGAUCUAGUCUCUUUUCUUUAGACUUGCCUCAAAAAGGUGCUAUCAAAAAAACAUUAAUUUCUCAACCAAAGACAAGCAAGAAAUCAAAAGCAGGCAAAAAAUGUAACAAUAAUAAAAAAGGAGUAAAGAAAACAAGUACCACAAGCUAUCCAGAUUUACUAGAAAUUGAAACUGAAUUUGAAAAUAUGAAUAUUUCUCAAGAUCAAAAAGACGUUGAUGAGACAGGGUCAAGUAGUGAAGAUGAAGAUACUGAUUUAUAUUUCCAUGAUGUGUUAGUAUAUCAGGACAAGGCUUGUUGCACUAAAGGAGUGUAUAGGUUUGAGAAAAUAGGCUACCCUGAUCUAAUUGGAGCUAGAGGUUGUCCUUAUUUGGAACCAUUAUACAGGAGAAAAUUUGGUGUUCAAAGGGCCAAAGUAUUUGAGGAUAUAGACAGAAUGAUCCACCCAGAGCAUGUGAUAGAUAGAGACGUAUAUGAUGUGGAUGCCACCAUUAAAAGAUGUGGAUCAACUUACUGUAACAGGAAUUCUAAUCUUAGUAAUAGGGAUGAACUUAGAAUUGGUAGUCAGUUGGAUGCAGUGGGAGCUAAUUCCCUUAGAUUUAAUGCUCAGUUUGAAUGUGGGAAUCUCAGGAAAGCAAUAUGGGUGAGGGAGUUUGAAUAUGACUUAAUCUUGAACCCAGAUGUCAACACAAACCACCACCAUCAAUGGUUCUACUUUGAAGUUAGUAACAUGAUAGCAGAUAUACCAUACAGAUUUAAUAUUGUCAACUGUGAGAAACUAAACAGUCAGUUUAACUUUGGAAUGAAACCAGUGAUGUUUUCUGUGACAGAGUCUAUAGAAGGACGACCAUUUUGGUCAAGAGUGGGUACAGAUAUCUGCUAUUAUAAAAACCAUUUUACACGGAGUGCUCAGGCUACAGGAGGUGUUAAGGGGAAGACAUAUUUUACAGCAACAUUCACAGUCAAAUUCAAACAUAACAAAGACAUAUGUUACAUGGCAUACCAUUUCCCAUAUACAUAUACUACAUUACAGACUCAUAUUCAAAUAUGGGAUAGAUCUACUGAUCAUUCACAGAUAUUUUUCCGUAACCAAACAUUUUGUCAAACGAUAAGUGGUAAUAAUGUACCAGUAUUAACUGUCACAGCUCAGCCAAAGUCGUAUAGUAGAGAUAAUGUAGAAGAACUUAGAAGUAGACCUUAUAUAUUUCUUUCCGGAAGAGUUCAUCCGGGAGAAAGUAAUUCUAGCUGGGUUAUGAAAGGAACCAUUGACUUUUUGCUCAGUAAGAAACCAGCAGCUCAACAACUUAGAGAAAAUUUCAUUUUUAAAAUUGUGCCUAUGUUAAACCCAGAUGGAGUCAUUAAUGGAAACCAUAGAUGUUCAUUAUCAGCAGAAGAUCUGAACAGAAGAUGGGACAACCCCUGUCCUAAGUUACACCCUACUAUUUACCAUACCAAAGGACUUCUACAGUAUCUACAAAUGAUAAAUAAGUCGCCACUGGUAUACUGUGAUUACCAUGGACACUCCAGGAGGAAGAACAUUUUCCUGUAUGGAUGUAGUCCUACAAUGUCAUGGAUACAGAAUGAUUCAGAAAACCCAGCCACUACAGGAAAUAGACUGGAAGAUAAUGCUUAUAAGACACUGCCAAGGAUUUUGCACUUAACAUCUCCGGUGUUUUCCUGGCCGAACUGUAGUUUUCUUGUGGAGAAGGCUAAGGAGACAACAGCCAGGGUUGUAGUAUGGAGGCAGAUUGGGGUACUGAGGAGUUACACAAUGGAGAGUACAUACUGUGGUAUCGAUCGUGAUGGCAAGUUUAAGGAUCAACAUAUUACAACCUCAAUGAUGGAAGACAUGGGACAAAAAUUCAGUGAGGCCUUGAUCAGAACUCGUACCAAAUACACAACUGAGAAUAUGGUAUCUUUUCCUCCAUUGUCUGACUCUCAACAGAACCUAGGAGCCACUGCUCAGGAUCCAGAUCUACUGAAGAAAACCAGCAGUAAGAAAAGUGGUGACGAUGAUGAUUUGGAUGAAACAAUACAUAGACGACAGACAUUACACAGGAGGGAGGAAGAUGAGAAUCUGUACAGUGGUGGAGAGGAUAUCGAUGAUAUGAAUGAGGAAUCAUCUGAAGAGGAAAUGUAUGGAGAUGAUGAUGAAGAAAACUAUGCUGACGACCAGUCAUAGUUGUAGUACAUAGAGUUUUUUCCCUUGAACAGUUUAUACAAAGUGUUGGAUUCUAAUUAAACUAGAUAGUUUUAAUGUACCUCUGUCAUAUAUGUAGGAUCUAUUAUUUCAUUUUCAAAAGAUAUACUGCAUUUUUUAGUCCACAAUUUACAAAAGGACGUAACUUGCUGUAUUUCAUAUAUUUGUAUAAACUCUUUUCCUAAUUAAACAUAUUGGAAUUACUUCAAUAUUUAAAUAAAUAUUUGUUUGGGAGUUACUACUUGUUGGGGAAUUAUAGCUUUGAUUAUAGUAAACAUAUCAUUUUUGUCAAGCCUUCGACUUUUGUCGAAAAAGCGAGACAUAGCGAUCCUACAUUCCGUCGGCGUCGUCGUUGUCGGCGGCGUCCACAAAUAUUCACUCUGUGGUUAAAGUUUUUGAAAUUUUAAUAACUUUCUUAAACUAUCCUGGAUUUCUACCAAACUUGGACAGAAGCUUGUUAAUGAUCAUAAGAUAAAUAUCCAAAAGUAAAUUUUGUAAAAAAAAAAUUCCAUUUUUUCCGUAUUUUACUUAUAAAUGGACUUAGUUUUUCUGCCAGUUAACAUUACAUUCACUCUGUGGUUAAAGUUUUUGAACUUUUAAUAACUUUCUUAUAAGCUAUCCUGGAUUUCCACCAAACUUGGACAGAAGCUUGUUUAUGAUCAUAAGAUAAUAUCCAAAAGUAAAUUUUGUAAAAAAAAAAAAUCCAUUUUUUCCGUAUUUUACUAAUAAAUGGACUUAGUUUUUCUGCCAGUUAACAUUACAUUCACUCUGUGGUUAAAGUUUUUGAAAUUUUAAUAACUUUCUUAAACUAUCCUGGAUUUCUACCAAACUUGGAAAGAAGCUUGUUUAUGAUCAUAAGAUAGAAUCCAGAAGUAAAUUUAAAAAAAAAAAAUCAUUUUUUUCAGUAUUUUACUUAUAAAUGGACUUAGUUUUUCUGCCAGUUAACAUUACAUUCACUCUAUGGUUAAAGUUUUUAAAAUUUUAACAACUUUCUUAAACUAUCUUGGAUUUGUACCAAACUUGGACAGAAGCUUGUUUAUGAUUAAAAGCUAGUAUCUAGAAGGAAAUUUUGUUAAAAUUUUGUUCCAUUUUUUCCGUAUUUUACUUAUAAAUGGACUUAGUUUUUCUUCAAGUUAACAUUACAUACAGUCUGCAGUUUAAGUUUUUAAAACAUUUAUUAGAUUCAUAAACUAUCCUGGAUUUUUACCAAACUUGGACAGAAGCUACUUACAAUCAAAAGAUAGUAUAGAGAGGAAUAUUUUUAUUAAUUUUUUUCCUCAUUUUUGUUGAGCCUGGGAUUAACAGCAAAAGUAGGCGAGACACUGGGUUCCGCGGAACCCUUACGAAUUUUUUUCAAUUAGAAUUAUCGCAUUAUAAAUUCUAAUAAUGAAUAGUAGAAUAGAAACAGCACCAUAAAAUAAAUUUAUCAAAAUGGGAUGGUAUAAAGUUACUGAUCAAUGGAAUGUUAUAAACAUGUAUUUGUAUUUAUUUUGUUGACGCUAUUUGUUAGUAUAAUUGAGUAUUAUACCUUAUAAGUAUUAUUAUUAUUAUCUCAGCCAAAACUGACUGACCUUACAUUAUAUUUACAUGACUUAUACAUUUAUCAUAUCUAGUAUGCUGAAUUGUGACGUGUACAUAUGUAAUGAGAUGUCUGGCCAUUUUUAUUCCCAUUAUAUUUCUUUUUUUUUUCAUUCAGUUGUGAUAUUUUUAUUUUCUUAAAACUAGCUUUGAAAGUGAUAUACCAAGUCAGUUUGACUGGUUUUCUUAUUCUUUUUUUUUAUUUAUCUUUUUUAUAUUUCUUUGUUAUACAAAACAAUUAUUAUUUUACCUCAUUGCAAUAAAGCCUUAAAGAGUAGCCAGUAGCCUUUAUUUUAAUUAAGAAAAUUCAUCUUUUCAUUUUAUUCUAUAGAAAUAUAAUUUAAAAAUUUUGUUGAUUAAAACUUGAUAUAAAGAAACAAGCUUAAGUAAGAAAAAACAGUUGCCUUUUAGAUAAUGAACAAUAGAAAAAACCUUUUAAUUUAUUGAUUUACAACCAAGAUCUUUGAAUUUAUUUGUUAAUUUGAAAUUUUGUAAAUGUAAUCAUUAGCAGCUGUGAUAAUAAUGAACCUUUCCAGUAGUAAUACUUUUUUUUUUAAUUUUUAAACAUAAGAAAUUAAAAUUUUGUUGUAUGAAAAUAUUGUAAUUUUUUUCAAGAUUUUUGCACUGAUAUUAUGA